AUGGACACAAAUCGACGGCCCCCGCCAGCGAGUCGCCAGCGGAGGACCGCCUCACUAUGUUCCUCAGCCUUAUCGGCCAACAACAAUUACCACAUUCCAACCACCACAACGAUCGAUGCUCGCACUCUAUGGUACACCACUUGCGAUCAAGCGCCGCCAGUAUUCAGUGAUGCUCUUGACAGUUCACAGCAUGUUCGAACGCUAUGGCUCUGGACUCGAUCUGAACACGAACAUACCUACAACGACGAGUUCGGUGCUAGCGCCGCGUUCUCAGAGCCCUCCAUACAAGAGCUAAGCGAGCCGCCCUGGCUUCAAGAGUCUCUUGGAGCUACCAUACCUGGACAUGUAGCACUUUCAGAUCUAGAGUUGAUGCCAUCUUCUUUUGACUAUGGAGACCUCAAUCCAUUAGUCGAUUGGUGCGGCAAUGCCGACCGCACCACAUAUCUGAAUUCAACGUCUCCAAUACCAAGUUCGAGGUGGACGGACGACUCCUCGCUCACUGCCCUUAAUGAACGUUCGCCUGCCUCUCAUACAAGCGAAACGUCCAAAGAUUCGGGAAGGAGCCUUACUCAUGGACGCAUGGACUCUGCGAGGCGCUGGCUUCACGCCCACCCCUUCGAUCAAUAUCCUACAGCCGAACAGAAGCUAGAGCUUGCGGCUGCUGCCGGCAUGACAAUCCCUCAGUUGAAUCGGCGAUUGACUAAUCUUAGAAAGCGUGAUAGACACGUACUCGAUGAACUAUGUAAUAAUUCAGACGCUAAUGUCAAUGCUUCUGGUGCUUCUCGUCGUCAUACCUCGCUUGGAACUGCCGUCAAUUCAGGGCGGAAGGGCAAGAGACGGUAUGUAUCCAGGCCUUCUCCUACCAAUGGGACGGGGACAACAAUACAUCCACGAGAUUCUUCCAGUGAUGGCAGUGGUGACACUGCCAAUCGUUAUCACUGCACAGUGUGCCCACAAAAGUCUUUCAAGAACCCAUACUCUUGGAAGCGGCACGAAGCCGGAGUUCAUCACUUCGGCAGCACUCGCUGGUUUUGCUUGCUCGACAACGUCGCUAUCAUGCCGGGUAUGAAGUGCGUCUUCUGCUCUGAUCUCGUCCAUGAUGUGAGCCACUUCGAUCAACACAAUAUCCAGGUCUGCUUGAAGAAGGACAAGAGCGCGCGGGUGUUUGAUCGCAAGGAUGGUCUCAAGCAGCACGUCCUGGGGGCGCAUCUCUCCACCGCGAAUGACUACACCAGGAAAGGAUUUGAGCCUCCAGAUACUUGGUCGGAGACUGAAGACGGGUUCUCACCGAAUCUGGAUGGUCUCUGGUGUGGCUUCUGCAGAAGUUCCUCCGCGACUACCGCCGCGAGGAUGGACCACGUUGCGCAACACUUCCGAGACGGUUUUCAGAUCAGUUCAUGGGGUUCGAGGCUGAACACCCCUGAUAUUAGGCCCACAUGA